GUGUGCUUUACUUUGAUUGUUUAGGGCCUCUGGCUCUAUACAACCGCACUCAAAGAUUAUUUCACAGUUUCCGCUGAUAAAACCAAAGCCAGAGGACGCAGUCCUUGCAUUUAAAAUGGGCUCUCCUCAUACUCUUCAAAUUCCCUGCCCCUCCUUCUCUCUCAUCUCUCAACCAUUCAAUUCCUCUCACACUAAUCACAAUUAUUCCUCCAAACCCAUCAAGAAUAGGAAGAACUCCUGUAAUUGUCAUAAGAGGAGAGCACUUCUCCUUUCUUCAAUUCUGCCACUGCUGCUACCUCUACACCAUCUGCCACAAAGUUUUGAUGCCUGUGCUGUAGAGGAUAAUGAUUCUUCACUUAUAAGAGAUGAGCUAAGGAAAGUCAUGUCCAAGGCCAAAGCUGCUGGUUUGCUACGCCUUGUAUUUCAUGAUGCAGGGACAUUCGACUUGGAUGAUGAUUCAGGUGGCAUAAAUGGUUCCCUAGUAUUUGAGCUUGACAGACCUGAAAAUGCAGGUCUAAGGAAACCUUUGAAGGUCUUGGCGAAGGCAAAGACAAAUAUCGAUAAGAUUGUUCCAGUAUCCUGGGCAGACAUGAUUGCUCUAGCAGGAGCUGAAGCAGUUUCCUUAUGUGGAGGCCCUAAAAUUCCAGUAGAACUAGGAAGGCUCGAUGCUUUAGUACCUGAUCCAGAAGGUAGGCUUCCUGAAGAGUCUUCUGAUGCUUCUAGUCUGAAGACAUGUUUUCAGAGAAAAGGCCUCUCCACACAAGAUCUUGUCGCGUUAUCUGGAGCACACACCUUGGGUGGCAAAGGAUUUGGGAACCCCACCGUUUUCGACAAUUCUUACUUCAAGAUACUACUCGAGAAACCAUGGAAUUCUUCUGCUGACAUGUCUAGUAUGAUUGGGCUCCCUUCGGAUCAUGCACUUGCUGAGGAUGAUGAAUGCCUAAGGUGGAUCACAUUAUAUGCUGAGAAUGAGAAGAGAUUUUUCAGCGAUUUCGUGACUGCAUACACUAAGCUCGUGAAUAGCGGUGCUCGAUGGCAGAAGUCUUGAGAGAGAGAGAGAGAGCGUUAGAGAGAGGUGUUUUGUCAUGUGUUGUGCCAAUGUGGUGUACCUCCUAGUUAUGGUCUCAAGCCUCCCACCAAGAAGCUACAAAUUGCCUCUCUCUCUCUCUCUCUCUCUCUCUUUUCCUGUCCCAGUUGCUGGUAAUGAAAUGGCUUGGAUCUCUUUCUAAGAAGGAAAACGACACAGAAUGGACUGCUAAAGCUUUGAGUCUCUUUUUUGGCUUAUUGGCGGUCCAACAUUAGCCGACUUCAAUUAAUUGAAAAAAGACUAUGAUGAAGAUGAAUUGGAAGCAUUGAAUCUGGACCAUCCAUUCCCAUCCAAAGUAGCCAUCUACUAACUACCAAAACAUGGGAAAAAAUUUCCUUCUUUUGUCUUUCACUUUUUAAUUGUGAAAGGGAAAAGACAGUGUUGGAAAGAAGUUCUUUUUGUUUUGUUAGAGUGGAGAGGGAAACGAGUUUUUGUUUUGUUGUUGAUUUUAAGGGUUCGCUGCUGCCGACUGCCCUCUUUUGCACGUGUAUACGAUUGUACGCAUGCGGAAAAGGGCUCCCCAUUUUCAUGGGUCCUGGUCAUGGAGCCCCAACUAAGCACUCUCAAUGUCAAUAAGCUCUCUCUCUCUUUCUACAACAAAGCAUUAUCUAAAUGCCAAUCCAGAUCUCUAUCUUGUGAGGGCUUCUUGGUA